AUGUGGACAUUUUUCAUAGUAGUAAUAGGAUUACAUGGAUUUCCAUGGGAGGCGCUCCUUCUCAGUGCUCGGUGUUGAAGUCCUAUGCCACAAUGGCCGUGUAUUAAAAAAUAUAGUGAGCUCUUUAGUAGUUUUGGGCAUCACAGACACGCUCUGAAUGAACCGAGUGAUCUAGGUAGGCAGCUUAGUAGGUUUUGAAACACCGCCGAUGUCUAUGCAGGGACGGCUGUCUGGGCUAACAGGAUCCGAGUGGGAUUAUUUAUCUCUCGCAACCGAGCAGCACUCUCUGGACCAAAUCCUGGCUUUUGUCAGAAUUGCCAGGCAUGCGGAUCAGGCUGCAGGGCUCUGGCCAUGCGGCCCGUCUCCUCUCCGAGCUCAACCGCUGCCGUCUGUCUCGCCUCCUGUGUGACGUCAUCCUCCAGGUCGGGGGACGUUCCUUCCCGGCUCACCGUGUAGUAUUAGCAUGCUCUUGCACGCACUUUAACAGCCUCUUCUCCAGAGGUUCCCGCAACCAGGAUGGCGUUCCCACCACCUUCUCUUUGGACUUUGUCUCCGCCGCCAAUCUGGAGAAGGUGUUGACUUUCAUCUACACGGGUGAGAUUUUCACAGACUUGAUCAAUGUGGGAGUGCUUUAUGAGUUGGCGGAAAGGCUCGGCGUGAAGGAGUUGGUGAGCGCUUGCCAUGCCACCUUUCCUGACCUGCAGAGCUCCAGCUCUAGAGACCCGGUGGCCGAUGGGGAUGCGGAAAGUGAUAUGGCGUCCGCCAACGCAGUGGCUGCGUCCGUUUGCUCAUCCUCCGCAGCAUCCUGCUCCUCGCUGUCUUCUUCAGCCGCUCCCACACCUGUAACUCCAUCUCCGGUUUCUCAAGGCAGGAACGGCAGGUUGAAUCGCUCCCACUUGGCCACCCAGUCGCCGAAAAACGAAGACAUCCAGGUACAUUUGGGUUACAACCAGCAGGUGACCAACAAGUUGAGUCCUUCAGACAGUAACCAUUCUACAGAUGCUCUUCCUGGCCUUGUUUUGCAGCUCAAGACUGAGCAGGAGGAUGAAGGAGAAAAUGGAGGAAGUAACUCAGUGGACCAGCUUGUUGUUAAUGGUAGCAAAUCAACAUUUGGGACUCAGGAACCAUGUUCCAUCCCCGAUUCUUCAGCCCAGCUUGGAGGAGAAACCUGCGCCCCUUCGUCGUCCUCCAGUGACCCUUUGGACAGUUUGCAGCUUGGGGCUGUUACAGGACCAAUCAAAGAUUCCGAUUUUUUUGAGGAAGAUCAUGCUAGAAAGAGGCACCGCCUACAGGAGGAGCAUACGGAAAGUGGCGAUCAGUGGCGAGCGCUUUCAGAGGACAUAAUCGAACUGAGCGACGAGGAGGAGCACUUCAUUGUGGAGGAAGAGGAUGACGAGGAAUUGAUGUGCAUUGAGAACGGUGAAAACGGGGCAUCUCUUGGCCAAUUGGCAUCAUCGCAGCCAUGCAAAUCGUGCGGGAUGCUGCUUCCGGUGGAAAACGGCAUCAUACGAACUCAUGCUGAGACGCACCUCUCGGAAACGGGUUCAUGUCUAGUUUGUGGAGCCUCUUUCUCGGACCGUGCUGCUGGUGUCGCACACGCCCUCACACACGUGGGCAUCUUGCUCUUCUCCUGCGACGUUUGUGAGCACCAGUUCCGGACUGAGUCUGCAUUGAUUCACCAUAGGCGUCAGUCAGCAGCCAAAUGCGUCCCUCAAAAUCCUGACCAACUGAACGGAGACUCCCAACGGCAAGGAGGGGAACUGCAGUGCACCAUUUGUGCUAAAUCCAUGACAAAUGAUUUUAAAGCGGUCAGGGACCAUGUUCAGAGCCACGCAUGCCUGAGGACAUUACGCUGUGGAGUAUGCCAGCUGUCUCAGCCCUCUCGAUGCGCCCUCCUGUGGCACACACUGACACACCUUUUUCCUAUUUACACUUGUCCACAAUGCGCCAACCCCUUCCUAGAGAGUGCACUGCUGGAGAGACACCUGUCUGUACACUCAGAGGAAGGAGCAUCAGCGAAACAGGGCGACGGCAGUCCGGAAACCGGCGGAGAAGGCCAGGCCGAGCUGCGCUGCUUCCUGUGUCCGCAAACCUUCCCCUCAGAAACCGCGUUUCAUUACCAUCUCAGCGUGCAUUCGAACGAGCUCCAGGGCAGCCAGGUAUGGCCAGCCAAGCGCAAGGCGGACCAGCUCAUCGAGUACUCCUCAUCCUCCUCCUCACCUUUGGAGGCGAGCGGCUCGGGUAAAGCUGGAUUCAACUUGAGUGUGGGAUUCAACCUGCAGGACAAAAUGGCUCACGGGGGCGUCCCGUUUCCAGCUGGACUCGUACUGAAUGGCAACUCCAGUGCUGGCACGGGGCUUAGGGAAAAAUUGUAUCGCUGCCGGUACUGCGGCAAGCAUUUCGCUCACUCGGGCGAGUUCACCUACCACCUCCGCAUCCACACAGGCGAGAAGCCCUACCAGUGCAAAGUAUGCCUGCGCUUUUUCCGUGGCCGAUCCACCAUGAUCUGCCACCUAAAGACGCAUUCAGGCGCCCUCAUGUACCGCUGCACCGUCUGCGGACUGUUUUUCUCCACACUUAAAAUGGUUUCCUCGCACAUGGAGCUCCACAAAGACCAGCUGCCGCCCGAUUUCAACAUCGAGGAGACCUUCAUGUAUAACGACCACUCUAAAGAGCCCGUCCCCAACCUGGACACCUGAACAACAACGUCGCCCUCCGAAUGCUCCGUCACACUGUGUGCCCACGUUUAAGUUGUUGAGGACAAGUGACCGUAGACUUAGAAUGUAAUGAAGUGUUUAAUGUGAUCGUCUUUGUGUUGGUGUCUACAGAUAAAUUUUUUAAAGACUGAAACUUUAUUUUAAAAAUGUAGUGCUGAUACUUGACCACUUGAUGGCAAGAGAGACUGAGCAAAGUUACACUGCCGAUCAAAUGUUUGGACACACCUCCUCAUUUUUUAUCAUUUUUUUAAACAGUUUAGAAUAAUAAUAGUCAUUAAAGCUAUGGAAUAAAAAAAUAAACAUAUCAUAACUAUCUUAUAUUGUAGCUUCUUCAAAUAUUUGCCAAGAACGUCAUAAAGGUGCAGUGUUUGAACACUUUUUAUUCACUAUCUGGUCCAACUCGUUCAUUUAAAAUGACAAAUUUUGAAGAAAUUCAUUCAGUUAUUUUUGUCUUUUUCAGCCAUUUAAGUAAAAGCAUUUAGAUCAGAACAAAUUCAGCCAAAUAUGUCCAAACAUUUGUGUUGUAGUGUUUUAAUAACCAAGUCAUUUUUAACGGGACGUUGUUCCAAGUGCUGAUGUGCGAUUACCUCCAUACUCUCUUCCGGCAACUCUAUCACAAUAAGCUAAAGGUCUGUGGUUAUUCUAAAGAAGCACAAAGUAACCUUUGUUCUUACAGGACACAAGUGCAAGUUGAGAAUAAACCAAGACUUUGUUUCUAUGUUUUCUGAUAAAUAAAGCAGUGCUCUAGGUCAAGGAUAUAAAUAAAAUGGUCCUUUUUUAAAAAUAAAGGUACUUUUCUUUUACAGAAUAGUUGUUAUUUUUAUAGUCGUGUAGUGUAUCACUUGAUGUAGACUAAAUUAGAAAUAGUUAUGAGAUGCAGUAUCAUAUAGUUUGUAUGUUGUGCAUAAAGCAAAACACUUCAAACGUCGUUCAAUCAUUAGGAAAAUGAUGAAAAGAGAAGCGAUUCAGACUGAGGUGCUAGUAUAUCAGCCAGUUCAUACGGCAGGGUUCAUCUUCACUCAGCACAUAGCAGAGUAUUUUGUGCAAAUGGUAUUGUCAUGACUAAAAACAGUUCUUUUCUGAAAGCUGUGAUGUUCUUCUGUACCAUUUUCCCAGCAGUUAUAUGACUUUUUAUUCAGCACAUUUCUUUCUUAUGUGGGACAUUGUUCAUUUAAAUAAUGUUUUUGUUCACAUCAAAAUCGAUUUGGCACACCGGUUUAAUAGAUGUCAUUGGUCAAACCACAAAACUGCUGGGACAUUGUGGUUGUUAUAGCUUUAUUUGCAAUGUACCACAGAAAAAUACUGGCUCAAGAGAAUGGCCUUAUAAAUUGCCUAGUUUUAUCAACUACUUCUUUAAUCAAUCAGUUUUAUUUUUAGGAAGAAAAUGCAUAUUAUCAACCGAUGUUGUGAUUAUAAACCACAGAAAUCAUUGAUGUUGAACAUGUGAUAGGGAAUGUCAUUUUCACAUUUUAUUUUCAACAUGAAACAGUUGCCUUAUAUCACUUCAGUGUUAUUUAUAUAAUUUAUAUAUAUCAAGUGUCAUGAUCAUAAAUCUGUUCUCUUUUACUACAGCUGUACUUGUCUUCUGAAUAAAAACGGUACUUACAAAACCA